AUGCCACAGAAGAGGAAACAUCCACUCUUGGAGCACAGCAAGCAGAGGCUGGGUGCAGAGCACAAGCUGGAGACAGGCGAUUACCAAGACAGAGCUGUGUGUUCAGGUGUUACAAGAACUGUCGCUUGUCCUUCACCAUGCAGUCCAGGUCUCUCUGGGACUCCUGCUGUAGAUAUAGGGGAUUCGCUAGAAAUUUCAUGGAAGACGUUUCUGUCUGUGUUGAGAUCCAUGGAGGAAUGCUCAGAAAACAAGAUAAGCGCCUUGGUUCCACAGCUAAUAACAUCUCAACCAGUUAUAUUGAGGAAAAAAAUUGCCACCAAACCCGAAAAAAUCAGAAAAGGCAGAUCAAGUGCUCUCCCUGUUAUACUGAAACCUGGCGAAAAACCCAAUGCAAUACUCCAAAAGGAAAGAGAACUGAGUGCUGUUGUUCACAGCUCAAAGCAAGAUGCAGAGAAAAUUAAAAUUGACUCAGAUCAACCUGAUUCCUGCGGAAAGUCUUCUAAAGGAGAAGUAAGUCACUCAGCGAGCAAAAUUAAAGGAGAUCAAACCUCAAGUGAAACAAGUUCUGAGCCCAAACCUACAGUCCAAAGACAACGUGAAGUACCUCAGUUUAUUCAAGAAAACACAGUCCUGACACACAGGUUCAAAAAAGGCAACCUAGCACUGACAAAUCAUAAAACCCGGCAUCAGCAGAGUGAACAUUUUAAUGGAGACAGGUCUAAAACAUGGAUCUCUGUCAUUAUGGGGGGUGAGAGACGCACCCAAAACUGUUGUGAUCUCGGCAUCUGUUGUUUGCCUUUGAGAAGAAACCGAAGAAUUCAGCCGAAGGUAACUCUUGUGGGAAUUUUAGUAUUUCACCCCCUGCAAAAUUCAUCCCAAACAGAGCCAAAGCUGCCAUCUCAGGAGAGCAACCGCGCGGGAUCAAACAAAGUUUUCCUUCAGAAAUUAAACAACAGUGUUAGUGCUCUCCCUCACCUGGAAUGCCAAGCAAAAUCAAAUGUAGUUUCAAGUGCUUUAAAGCCCCAGCCACAAGAUGGCAUUCUUCCACAGAUAGCCUCAAAGACCGUGCGGAGUACAUCACAUCAGCAGGAAAGCAGAGCUCAGGGCCAGCCAUUUGCUCCAACUGUGCCUGAAAGCAGCAGCAGAGCUCUGUCCAGCAAGGCAGAGCUAGAAAAGGCCCAUGGUUUCAAGCAGCCCUUGACUGCAGCAGAAGCCUUGAAACAUUUUAAAAGUCACCUAACGCUAUAUGAACAACGAGAAAUUAAAGAAUAUAAAGAGCUGUGGUAUCUUGGGCUGGGAGCUAAAAAGAUCGAAGGGUGCGUUGAUGCAGAGAGCAACAAUUCCUAUGACGAUGAUCAUGGUUCUUACAGAAAAGUUCUGAGUGACCAUCUUGCCUACAGAUACGAAAUAUUGGCAGUUAUUGGGAAAGGAUCAUUUGGGCACGUCAUGAAGUGUUUGGACCACAAGACAGGUGAAAAAGUCGCAGUGAAAAUAAUAAGGAACAAAAAGAGAUUUCAUAACCAGGCCUUGGUGGAAGUCAGCAUUCUCAAUACCCUUCGCCAGAAGGAUGAAGACAAUGUGCACAAUGUAGUCCACAUGAAAGAAUAUUUUUACUUCCGCAAUCACUUCUGUAUUUCCUUUGAAUUGUUAGGUAUAAAUUUGUACGAGUUAAUCAAGAAAAAUAAUUUCCAGGGUUUCACCAUGGGACUGAUUCAUCAGUUCACUCAAUGUAUCUUACGAUGUUUACAGUUGCUCUACACAGAGAAAAUUAUCCACUGUGAUCUAAAGCCUGAGAACAUACUUAUAAAUCAGUUACAAACUGGGCAACUUUUGUUUAAAGUUAUCGACUUUGGAUCAAGCUGCUAUGAGCACCAAAGAGUGUACACCUAUGUCCAGAGUAGGUUUUAUCGUUCCCCGGAAGUGAUUCUUGGCCUCCCCUAUGCAACUGCCAUUGACAUGUGGAGCCUGGGCUGCAUCAUGGCUGAGCUCUACACAGGGUCUCCCCUUUUUCCUGGCGAGAACGAAGUGGAGCAGCUUGCCUGCAUCAUGGAGAUACUGGGCCUUCCACCAACCGAUUUCGUUCAGAGCGCAUCAAGAAGGCGAACGUUCUUUGAUUCUAACGGUACCCCGAAGAGUAUAACCAAUAGCCAGGGGAAGAUGCGAAGCCCAAAUUCAAAGGAUCUGAGUGCUGUAUUGAAAACCUACGAUGCUCCUUUCUUGGAUUUUCUGAAAAAAUGUCUAGUAUGGAAGCCUGCCUUGCGUAUGACUCCAGAAGAAGCGAUACGUCAUGCCUGGAUGCAGAACUCAUGGUUAUAUAAAACAAAACAAAAGCCCAAGAUAGCUCCAAAGUCCAGUGAGGGAUCCUUCAUUACCUCUGAGAAGAAAAAGGAGAACUUUCAUAAAAGCACACAGCCAGAAAGAGGAGAUGAAAUCUGGCACCACCCCACUGGGGAAAUGAAAUGUGAACCCUCUGAGAAGUUGCUUGCAGCGAACCCAAAACGGUCUACUAUCAUUUCAUCUCAAGAAACAAAAAAAGACGUAAGCCAGCAUGCAAACAAGCAGAACUCUCCUGAAAAAGAACUAGAAAUCCCCAUGGACAAAGCUGUUAAAAGAGACCUCAGGACUGAGAAGGUCAUGCACAAAAAUGCAAGCAUCUUGCCCCCCAUUGGGCACAAGAAGUGA